GACCCCAUCCCCCUCCCAGCGCCCUUCUCCUCGAUCCCCCGCCUCGCGCUAACCCUCGGGCCCUCCCCGAUCCACCCGCUCCCCCGCAUAACCGCCGACCUGACCACGCCCACCAACCCCGUCCACAUCUACGCCAAACGCGACGACCUCUCCUCGCACCUGGCCUACGGGGGCAACAAGACCCGGAAACUGGAGUACAUCCUCGCGCCCGCGGUGCUGCCCCCUGCCCAACAAACCGACCAAACCCAAACCCCCUCCGCAUGGCGCAAAGCAACCACCCUCAUCUCGAUCGGCGGCCUGCAAUCCAACCACACGCGGCAAGUGGCGGCGUGCGCCGCGCACCUGGGGCUGAAAGCGCGGCUGAUCCAAGAGAACUGGGUGCCCGACUACGCGGCGCACAGCCGCGUGUACGACAAGGUGGGCAACCUGCAGCUGUCGCGGCUGAUGGGGGCGGACGUGCGGAUCCACCUCCCCACGGAGUUCGGGAUCGGGGAGAAGGAGACGCUGCGCGCGCUGGAGGAGGAAUGUCGGGGGAACGGGGAGGUGCCCUACUAUAUUCCGGCGGGGGGGUCGGAUCAUCCGCUGGGCGGGGUGGGGUUUGCGCGGUGGGCCUGGGAGGUGAAGCACCAAGAGGAAACGGUGCUGGCGGCGGGGGAGAGGUUCGACACCGUGGUGGUUUGUGCGGUGACGGGGGGCACGUUGGGGGGGAUGAUUGCUGGGUUUAAGUUGCUCGAGAAGUUGGAUCCCGAGGGGGAAGGAGGCCCGAAAAAGAGGAAGGUCGUCGGCAUUGAUGCGAGUGCGAAGCCGGACGAGACGCGCGCCCAGGUGUUACGCAUUGCCAGGGUGACUGCGACGCAGAUCGGGUUGACCGAGGAGGAUAUCGCCGAGGAGGAUGUGGUUCUGGUCGAGGAUUAUCAUGCCGGGCUGUAUGGCGUGCCUGACCGGCAGACCUGGGAGGCCAUUGAGUAUGCGGCCCGCAUGGAGGCGUUUAUCACCGAUCCGGUCUACGAAGGGAAGAGUUUCGCCGGGAUGGUGGAUUUGAUUCGCAAGGGGAAGAUUACGGGCAAUGUGCUGUAUGCUCAUCUGGGGGGGCAGCUGGCGCUGAAUGCGUAUACGGAUGUGGGU